AUGGACGCCCCCGCGGCCAAGCGGAGUCGGAGCUGCCCCGCGGGACCGGAGGAGCGCGAUGCCGGGGCCGGGGCCGUGCGCGGCCGGGGCCGACCCGAGGCGCUGCUGGACCUCAGCGCCAAGCGAGUAGCCGAGAGCUGGGCCUUCGAGCAGGUCGAGGAGCGUUUCUCCCGGGUGCCCGAGCCGGUCCAAAAGCGCAUUGUGUUCUGGUCGUUUCCACGCAGCGAACGGGAGAUAUGUAUGUACUCAUCCCUGGGCUACCAGCCUCCAGAGGGCGAGCACGACACCCGGGUGCCCUUCACCCGAGGGCUGCACCUGCUGCAGAGCGGGGCCGUAGACCGCGUGCUCCAAGUAGGGUUCCACCUAAGUGGUAACAUCCGGGAGCCAGGGGGCCCCGGAGAGCCUGAGCGCCUCUACCACGUCUCCAUCAGCUUUGACCGCUGUAAGAUCACAUCUGUGAGUUGUGGCUGUGACAAUCGCGACCUCUUCUACUGUGCUCAUGUGGUGGCCCUGUCACUGUACCGAAUUCGGCAUGCCUAUCAAGUGGAGCUGCGACUGCCCAUCUCCGAGACACUCUCCCAGAUGAACCGGGACCAGCUUCAGAAGUUCGUGCAGUAUCUCAUCAGUGCCCACCACACUGAGGUGCUACCCACUGCCCAGCGCUUGGCUGACGAGAUCCUCCUCCUAGGCUCCGAAAUCAACCUGGUGCACGGUGCCCCAGACCCCACGGCAGGUGCAGGCAUUGAGGAUGCCAACUGCUGGCACCUGGACGAGGAGCAGAUCCAGGAGCAGGUGAAGCAGCUGCUGUCCAACGGUGGCUACUACGGCGCCAGCCAGCAGCUGCGCUCUAUGUUCAGCAAGGUGCGGGAGAUGCUGCGAAUGCGGGACUCCAACGGGGCGCGCAUGCUGAUCCUCAUGACUGAGCAGUUUCUGCAGGACCCUCGCCUGGCCCUGUGGCGGCAGCAGGGUGCUGGCAUGACAGACAAGUGCCGGCAGCUGUGGGACGAGCUGGGGGCCCUGUGGGUGUGUGUAGUCCUGAGCCCCCACUGUAAACCAGAGGAGCAGGCGAGCUGGCUGCAGCUGCUUGGCAAGUGGGACAAACUGGACGUGUGCCCACUGGAAGAGGGCAACUACUCUUUCAACGGGCCCAGCCUGCAGCCCACCACAGCCCUCAGCCCAGGCCCAGAGGAGGAGGAUGUGGUGACUGCAGGUUCCCGCCACACCGUGUUUGGCCGCGCCCUGCAGGCUGGGUCACUGCAUUGGAGUGACACCCACCUGCAGAGGAUCCUGGCCAGCGACUGCUAUGGCCCCAGCCUCACAGGCCACGUGGGCAGCGACAAGGCAACCUUUGACUCCCAGGGCCGCCCCCUCUGGCUGGGGGAGCCAUUCCCCACUGCUUGUGCCCGUGUGGACACCCUGCGUGCCCAUGGAUACCCCCGCCAGGCUCUGCGGCUGGCAGGAGCCAUAGUCAAUACACUCCGGCUACAGCGGCGGCAUCAGCUUGAGAGCUACAAGCAGCAGAAAAAAGAGCUGCUACAGAAAGGCUCCACGUGCAUUACCAACACGGAAGGAUGGGUAGGCCACCCCCUGGACCCCAUUGGCUGCCUCUGCAGGGCGCUCCUGGAGGCCUGUCGCCUGGAGGAAGAGACCCUCGCCCUUUACCCAGACUCCGGCCCCGAGAAGCGGAAGGUGGCCUACCAGCACGUGCAGGUGCCCGGGAGCCCUGGGGAGUCCUACUUGGCACUGGCGCUGGAGGUGGCACUGCUGGGCCUGGGACAGCAGCGAGCCCUGCCUGAGGGGCUGUAUGCCCAGGACAAGGUGGUUCGCAAUGAGGAGCAACUGUUGGCUCUGCUGGAGGAGGUGGAGCUGGAUGAGCGGCUGGUUCAAGUGCUGCGCAAGCAGGCUGGGCUGCUCCUGGAUGGGGGUCCCUCCAGUGGCUUUGGAGAGGUGCUGUUCCGGGAGAGUGUGCCAAUGCACACCUGUGCUCGAUACCUGUUCACCGCACUGCUACCCCACGACCCUGACCUGGCCUACCGCCUGGCGCUGAGAGCCAUGAGGCUGCCUGUACUGGAGACAGCACUUCCGGCUGGAGAUCCUCACCCCAACCCACUAGACUCCGUCAUGAGUAACCGCUUCCCCCGCUGGUUCAUCCUGGGCCACUUGGAGACUCGCCAGUGCGAACUGGCCUCCACCAUGCUGACUGCUGCCAAGGGAGACCCCAAGUGGUUGCACACAGUAUUGGGCUCCAUCCAGCAGAAUAUCCACUCUCCAGCCUUGCUCUUCAAGCUGGCACAGGACGCUUGCAAGACAGCCACCCCAGCCAGCGCACCACCAGACACCACCCUGCUGGGCAUUGCACUGGAGCUAGGCCUGCAGGUGAUGCGGAUGACCCUGAGCACCAUGACUUGGCGGCGAAGAGAGAUGGUGCGCUGGCUUGUCAGCUGUGCCACGGAGAUUGGUCCACAAGCCCUGAUGAACAUCAUGCAAAACUGGUACUCCUUAUUCACACCGGUGGAGGCAGCCACCAUUGUGGCAGUGACUGGCACCACACAUGCCACUCUAUUGCGGCUGCAGCUCGAUGCACCCCGGCGGGAGGAGCUCUGGGCCUGUGCCCGAACCCUGGCCUUGCAGUGCGCCAUGAAAGACCCGCAGAACUGCGCCUUGCCCGCUCUCACCUUGUGUGAGAAGAACCACGCGGCCUUCGAGGCGGCCUACCAGAUUGUGCUGGAUGCAGCGGCUGGUGGCCUGGGCCACGCCCACCUCUUCACUGUGGCCCGAUACAUGGAGCACCGAGGCCUGCCUCUGCGGGCCUACAAGCUGGCUACACUGGCCCUGGCACAGCUCAGCAUUGCCUUUAACCAGGACAGCCACCCCGCCGUCAACGACGUCCUCUGGGCCUGCUCCCUCAGCCACUCCCUGGGCCGGCACGAGCUUUCAGCCAUUGUCCCACUCAUCAUCCGGAGUAUCCACUGUGCCCCCAUGCUCUCUGACAUCUUGCGCCGAUGGACCCUCUCAGCACCUGGCCUGGGUCCCCUGGGGGCUCGCCGGGCAGCCAAACCACUGGGCACUGACCGGGCACCGCUCUGCCAGCUCCUGGACGCCACAGUGGCAGCCUACAUUAACACUAGCCACUCUCGCCUCACACACAUCAGCCCACGACACUACGGCGACUUCAUCGAGUUCCUGGGCAAGGCCCGAGAGACCUUCCUGCUGGCACCUGAUGGGCACCUUCAGUUCGCCCAGUUCUUAGAGAACCUCAAACAGACUUACAAGGGCAAAAAGAAGCUCAUGCUGUUGGUGCGGGAACGUUUUGGCUGAGGGGGUUCCAGCAGGUCGUGAACAGGGUCUCCCUUUGCUCCUGCUUUUGUGGCACCCACUCUGCAUCGGGGUUCUGGACUGGAGGUCCUGUGGCAUCUCAAUAUUGAGUCAGGGAAGGAGCCCAGCUAGAGCUAGGUGGUCUUGCCUGCCAUCCCCAAAGCCUGCCUGGACAUGGGAAUGGGGCGGGGAUGGGGGGUGGUGUCCUGUCACAUGUGUGCCUAGGACUAUGCAAGUGAGUGUUCGAGAUGCACGGAUCAGAAGCCAUACCACCACCCAGAGGCCUAGAAGGGGGUGUGUGCUUGAGUAGCUGGUAUGACCCCACCUUGGGCACCCCAAAAGCAGUAAGCAGGCUCCCCUUCCCCAAACUUGCAGGUCUGGCUUGGGCUCCGGGGGAGCUGGGAGGCAGGACUUUCCAGAAACUGGCUCUCCAAGUCAAUGUAGCAGACCCUUCCCACACCCUACUCUGGAUGGCCAGGGGACUUAGGGUAUCUAAAUUUCUUUUUGUACCUUCCUCUCACUGCCUCAGGAGCCCCCUCCCAGGCUACCCGCCAGGACCAGUGGCUCACCCCCACUGAAGGAUUUAAAGAGGCCUCAGGCCUCAGCCACAUACCUCAACCCCCAUCUGGCCAGGACUCCUAUUCCUGUGGGUACUGGGGUCUCAGAGUGGCCUAGGGGGUCAUUGCUGUUCCUCCCCCUACCUGCUAAUCACUGGACAUACAACUCAGGAACUGAGCCACGCUCACACUGUCAUCAUCCAAACCUGGAGACAAGCACAGGCGAGCCAGGGACUCCCCAUCCCAAAUUUGGAAAGGAAAGAAAGGCUGGCCUCUGGGCAUUCUCUGGCUCUGGCUCUGGCUCUCCCUUUCUCCUCCUCUGUCU